AUGUCCACCCAGCGAACCCCCUCCUACCACGAGCAGGCCUACGCCUCCUUAACCAAAGGCCUGAAGGAGUUGGACAUUCGUGGCCCCAGUGUUCCCAGCAACUUGGUCCUGAUUGGAGACGAUGCCUUCCCUCUAGCCAUGAACACCCGAGGCCAGGUGCUGAUGGCUGCCUCCCUGUAUGGCAGUGGACGCAUUGUGGUCCUGGGGCAUGAAAGCUACCUGACCACCUUCCCUGCCCUGGUAGAAAAUGCCCUGAUCUGGCUGAGAGGGGACAAAUCUGAUAACCUGUCUGUGGCAGUCCACCAGCGUGUCAAGGCAGUGGCAGAUAACCUCAGCAGAUCAAGCUUCCAAGCUACUGUGGUGGAAAAGUUUCAUGAUAAUCUGGGUGUUGGAGUGUAUGUGACAGAUGCCUACAGUGUGGAAGCUGAUGGGAGAGACCUGGUGGCGUAUCUGAAGGCUGGAGGAGGACUGCUGAUAGCUGGGCAGGCAUGGCACUGGGCUCAAGAGCACCCUAAGGAGAACACCCUCCUUAACUUUCCAGGGAAUAAAGUGUCCAGUGUGGCAGGGAUCUACUUCACUGAGCAUUGCGGGGAGGCUGGGUGGCUGCCAGUCUACCCUCAGAUCCCAGCCUCAUGGCAGAGUGUAGCAAUUGGUAAGGAUUUUGAGGACGACCUCAAGUUCCUUCUCCAAGGUGUGUCAGAGUUUCACUUCAGUGAUGGGAUACCCUCUGAAGUGCUGGUCCAUGGCCCACUGGCCUUCCCUAUUGGCAGCAACGAGCAGGGACAGCCUUUUGUGGCAGGAGCGUACUAUGGACGGGGUCGGGUCAUUGUGGUCACACAUGAAAUAGCCCUGGGGCAUCAGGAGAUGGCUCCAUUUUUGACAAAUGCUAUUCGCUGGUUGGAUGAGGGUCGGAAUGGAGUAGUCGGUGUUGUCCCAUCACUCGGUCAUUAUGUCAACCUGCUGAGCAACCUGGGAUUGCGUUGUGAGAAGACAAACUUCAGGAAAGACCUGAGUGUGUUUGUGUGUCAAGCAUACAGCGAUGAUCACGCACAGGAGAUCCAGGAGUUUGUGGCUGAAGGAGGAGGCCUUCUGAUUGGUGGGCACGCCUGGUACUGGGCACAGACACACCAUGGGCAAAACCCACUGACAGACUUUGCAGGGAACCACAUCCUCAACAAGAUGGGCUUGAGCCUGCUGGGAGUGACACUGGCACCAGGUUCCUAUAAGGCUCCUGUCCUUGGCCAGGCUGCUAAAGACAACUACCACUUUCGCCACCUACUACACCGCUUUGCUGGUCAUGUUGUUGAAGGGGAGGCACUUACCAAGAAUGAGGAGUCGCUUCUUAAAAAGCUGGGCUCAGACUGCACCACCUAUCUGCACAUGAAGGCUCAUGACUGGUACCCCUACAUGCAGAUGUUGUCUACUCUUACAGACUUUUUGAAGAAGUCAGACAUGCCGCAGGUGAGUGAGAGCUGCCCUGUGCGCACCCCCAAAGACCACCUGCUCCUCAAUUUGGGGUCAGAGGUCUACAAGGUGUGCCCAGACCCUGAUGCCCUCCUGCCCUACCUCAUCAAGAAUAAUCCUGUGAUGCCUGUUGUCUACAACUAUAAGAUCAAGAUUAAUGCCAAUACAGGAGGAGCCGACACGUGGCUAAGUACAGGUCUUUACCUCUCUCCUGGUAUGAAGACCAAGAUGACCAUGCCAGCAGAGAUUGUCAACAAGGGUUGGAGGGUCCAGAUCGGCUGUCAGACGGACUAUCUGAAUCAUGAGGAGUUGAAGAGAGCACCACAUGUCGUCGAGCACUUCCCUGUUACCUCAGAGGUGAUGCAGGUGUGGAACCUGUGGGGGGGGCUCAUCUACCUGGUGGCCCCACCCAAUACACAGCUGGAGGGCCCAGAGGUCAUUGUGCAUAUUGCCAUAUCUGCACCAUAUUACAAGUCCGGUGUGACGACAGCAGCUGAUUGGUCACUGCUUCGCAAAGCCCCGACACCCUGGGCAGAGCUGGAGUUUGAGAACAUCAUCAUUACCGUACCAUCAGAUGUUGUUCGGGGCCUGGAGUGUCCCAACAAGGUGGCGGCAGUCUGGGAUGACAUCAUGAGGGGCAUCGCUGACCUGGCUGCCAUCCCACACAAGUUCCCCCGCAAGGAACGCUUUGUGGCAGAUGUGCAGAUUUCCAUUGGUGGGAUGCACUCAGGCUAUCCUAUCAUGAUGCACUCAUUUGACGCAGAUAGCUUGGUCAACCCUGAAAAAAUCGGACAUACAGAUAUCUGGGGUCCCAUCCAUGAGCUGGGCCACAACCAGGAGAGAGCAUGCUGGGAAUUCCCACCACACACCACAGACGGCACAUGCAACCUGUGGUCAGUGUACGUGCACGAAGAGGUGCUGGGGAUCAACAGGGCAAAGGCACAUGGUGCUAUGACCCCCGAUGCUAGGAAGAGUCGCACAGAGGAGUAUGUGAAGGGCGGCAGGAGUCUGGUCAACUGGUAUCGUUGGGUGGCCCUGGAGACGUACAUGCAGCUCCAGGACAAGUUUGGAUGGGAUGCUUUUAAGAAGGUCUUCGCUGCUUACCACAAGAUGACCAACACUCCCAGUGACAACCCAGGAAAAAUGAACCUGUACGCCCAGACUUUCUCCGAGACCGUAGGGAUGGACCUGACUGGGUUCUUCAAGGCCUGGGGCUGGCCGAUUGAUGCAGCCACUGAGGAGAAGCUGUCCAGCCUGCCUGCCUGGACUGACCACCCCAUGGUCCAGUACGGCUAACUGUGUCGAUUAUCACUGAUAGAGCUAGACCAGAAUCAAGAAAGCUCUCAAAGUACGUUGAUUUACACACAUUUACAAGAGAAAUUGUUGUUUGGGAAAAAAAAGGUUUUUAGUCUUAAUUCUUAUUAUUAAUUGAUUGAAUGACUAUCUGAGGGUUAUUUUUGCAAUGCAGCAGCAUAUCUCCAAGCUUGCAAUGUUCUUGUCCAGGCAGCAGGACACAGAGCUCUUUAUUUUGUAGCUGUAAAUGGUAUUCUGAAUUUGUUCAAACAUUACUGUUUUCAUUGAACUAUUUUCUUUGUUUCCAUGCAAAAGAUUCACACAUAUCUCUUAUCUCUACACUAAAAGAAAAUUAAUACAAAACCUCUGCAUCAUAGAGCCUGUGAAGGCUAAAGAACCCAAGUACUGAAUAAAGAAGCAGGGAGACAGGAAUGAGGUUAAAAUGUCAUUUAUUGUUGAGCUUGGUUGCUGGAAGUGAAAAUUACCCUCCUUCUCCCAUUUCUCUUUAAUAUAAA